UGACAUUGACAUUUCGUAGAGCGCAUUUGAAGUUUUGUCGCGCUUGCGACUUGCGGCGAACUAAAAAAUACAUAAAAAAAUAGAAAAAUGUUUCGCUUAUCAAAAAGCGUUAUAACAUUACUCUCAAAAACUGCAAAAAUAUCUGCACCACAAGACACUGGAAUUUUACUGUGUACACAGGGAAAUCUAAAGUUUCUCAGUACAGAUAUUAACGAUAAAUUUUCCUUGAAACAUGAAGAGGUUGGCCGGCCCCUUUACUUCGACGCUCAAGCAACAACACCUGUCGACCCUCGCGUACUUGAUGCGAUGAUGCCUUACUUUGUAGGACAGCAUGGCAACCCACAUUCUAGGACUCAUGCAUAUGGUUGGGAGAGUGAAGCAGCUGUGGAAAAAGCUAGAGAACAGAUAGCAAAUCUUAUUAGAGCUGAUCCUAAGGAAAUAAUAUUUACCUCAGGGGCAACAGAGUCUAAUAAUAUAUCUGUCAAAGGAGUUGCAAGGUUUUAUGCGCCCAGGAAAAAGCAUAUUGUUACUACUCAAAUUGAACAUAAAUGUGUGCUGGACUCAUGCAGAGCUCUAGAAGGAGAGGGUUUCAAGAUUACAUAUUUGCCAGUGGCAGCCAAUGGCAUUAUUAAUCUGAAAGAAUUGGAAGCUGCACUUACACCUGAAACUAGUCUUGUUUCAAUAAUGACUGUCAACAAUGAAAUAGGUGUAAAGCAGCCUAUAGCGGAAAUCGGAGCACUCUGCAAAAGCAAAAAGAUAUUUUUCCAUACAGAUGCAGCCCAGGCUGUGGGCAAGAUCCCACUGGAUGUUAACAAGAUGAACAUUGAUUUAAUGUCAAUUUCUGGUCACAAAAUUUAUGGACCCAAAGGUGUUGGGGCCCUGUAUAUUCGGCGGAGGCCGCGAGUACGAGUAGAGCCCAUACAGAGUGGAGGAGGGCAAGAAAGAGGAAUGAGAAGUGGCACAGUACCUACACCUCUUGUUGUUGGACUAGGCGCCGCUUGUGAACUGGCCGAGCGUGAGAUGCCAUAUGACCAUGCCUGGAUGGAAACACUCUCGCAAAGAUUCCUGGAUAAGAUUUACUCAAAACUCUCACAUGUCAUCAGAAAUGGGGACCCUGAACAAUCAUAUCAUGGAUGUAUCAACUUGUCAUUUGCUUAUGUUGAAGGCGAAUCAUUGUUGAUGGCUCUAAAAGAUGUGGCGCUGUCAAGCGGCUCGGCAUGCACCUCAGCCUCUCUAGAACCUUCCUAUGUAUUGAGAGCUAUUGGAACAGAUGAAGAUUUGGCACACAGUUCAAUCAGAUUCGGAUUAGGAAGAUUCACAACAAUCGACGAAGUGGAUUAUACAGCAGAGAAGACGAUCAGGCACGUCGAGCGCCUCCGAGAAAUGAGCCCUCUAUGGGAGAUGGUGCAGGAAGGCGUGGACAUCAAAUCCAUACAGUGGUCGCAGCACUAAAUGUACCGGUCAUGUCCUGUUAGUUAUGCAUUUCCAUUAUUACUAUGGGCAUUGACAAUAAAUACUGCUAGACGCGUAGAGGGAAAUAUUGAAGUAGUUGGCGCUGUACGAUCUCGUAUCCUCUCGUGUGCAGAUUUUAUUUUUUUAAAUAGUUUCCUCGUACGCGGAUCCGCGUUCGCCAUACGAGCGGUCAUUAAAACAUUAUUUUAUCGGGUCUAUUUUUUUAACUUUAUUUCCAAUGUUUCUACGCAGGUUAUACCGGUCUUGGUCGCGGCUAACUAAUGUCUCAACAAAAUGUAAAAUAAGUUAACUUAAAUAUACCUGAUAAAAAAAAAAUAAUGUGUUCAAAUCGCGAAAGUUUUAAAUAUUAUUAUGCGGUAACUGGGCUGCCAAGGACCUACAUAUGAUGCCGUACAUUGUCACUGAACACAAACACAGAAAACUGUUGAAAUUUCAGCUACAAUAUUUUGUACUACUUUAUGCGUCCUUGUAUAGAGAAGCGUAUUUAAAAAUUUGGUGGCCCGGGUCAAUAAGUUUCGCCGCCCCAGAAGUCACGAAAAAACGAUUUAAAUAAAAACAUUCAAAAAAUUUCAUUAUUACCACGCCCCUGGUGGAAUGGCGUCCCGGGCCAUGACCUGGAUGGCUCUGGGGUAAAUACGCCUCUGCUUGUAUAGUAGUAUUUCUUUGUCAAUGCCAUAAGUAAUCUAUGUGCACGUCGAUUCGUUUUUAGUUGGUCUUACCUCCUGGGACCCCAGGUACAUUUUUUUGUAAUUAUUCCACAAUGUAUUCUGAAAUUUGAUUAAUUUACUAAAGGUUCCAAAUUUAAAAACAAAACUGCUUCUGGGUCUCAGGAGGCUAAAUUGAGUACCGAGUUUUAAAAGCAGCUAUCUGUCCCUGAAUAUCAUCAAUUUAUUCCCAUUCAUUUGUACUGCUAUUCCUGAAUCGACCUGCGUACAGGGAUUUAAGGCUCUGCAAGAUCUGGAUAGGCUGCUAUGAACAAAUAGUCAUCGGGGUGUCCACAUUAUAUAAAAUCUUGAAUACUAAAAGUGUGUGCGAACAUAAAAUGUCGUGGAUAUUCGUAGCGUGCUUAUUUUGCGUUUAUUUGUUAGCUUAACACAUUCACUGCCAGACAAAAAACGGCGCACUACCCCAGAAACCGGUGGUCUAUAGCUGCGUACAAAACAACCCGCCCAGCGGGUUGUCCGGCAUCUGAACAAAGUUCACGAGCGCCCACCAGGUGGGUUCCCGGCAGUUAAUGUGUUAAGGUAAAAAGCUGAUUAUAGUUGUUAAAAUUAUAUAAAUCUCUUAUUAGUUAUUAAUGUUAUCUUAAAGGUAAUCUGUUUUCUUUUUAGAAAAAUCUAGAAAAUGUUGGGCACCUUGGUUGUUUAUAUUUUUGGUAGGUUUUUAGAUGGGUGUUAUUGACUAUAUCCUAUACUAUGGCGUUAUUGCUCACUGACAACGUUAUACUGGUUAUACGCAAUGUAAUAUUAAGAUCACUAUAUUCACUUCUGUGGCACAAAGAUCUCGCUAUUUAUCAGACAAUAUAAUAAUAUGCAUUCAUCAAUUGCUGUUGUAUUUUUUGUAUUGAACACAGCAUAUAAAUAUGUUGUUGUUAUUUAAACAGCUUUCCCGCAGAUACCUACUGUGUAUUCGAUAUAAGGACGUCCUAAAGCGUCAUCUAAACGUGUGUGCGAUCGAUCCUGCGCGUUGGGAGGAGCUCGCUGCGAAACGGUUAUCUUGGCGGUCUACCAUCUUCGAAUCCACCAAGUCGUUUGAGGAUAACAGCCUCGCGACAUUAGACGUAAAACGCCAACUACGCAAAGAAAGACCUAAGCCCUCCUACAUGUAUAUGUACAGCACUGCCGGUCAACUUUACGACUAUGAAUGUGAAAGGGUGAGGUUGAUUGCUGAGGUCGCCGUCAUCGAAAUCGAUGUGGAGGACUAUAUAUACUGUGUAUUACAAUACACAGUAUAGGUAUUAUUACAAUAAUGUACUAACCGCAAACCGCAACACUCUUUUCUGCCUUGGCCAUUGUGGACCUUAUGUCUUUACAAUAAGGUUAUGAAUUGUCAGUCACACGAACCUAGCCGCCGCCUACAAUCGAGUUUGGUUACCAUUUUAAAACAACAUUCUGAAUAACAUGACAUUUGAUAUGAACAUUCGAGUAACAUAUAUAUCUAUGUCUAUAUAUCUUUUUGUUUUCAUUGCUAGAAAUUGUAAUAUUUGUAAUACAUAUAAAUUAGAGCGAGUACAAGUUUUACAUACCAAAGUUUUCGCUCUAUUUUUUGGAUAACAAUUUUAACCAACGAAAACUACUUCCUGGGCUUAGCCAACGUGCCAAUCGUUCAAGCUCCGUAGCGUAGAGUAGUCAUCUCUCUAUCACUCUUACAUAUUUGUGCGACAGUCACAGUUGUGUGUCGUUCGCACACACCCAGACAUAGGUCUAUGUUAAGGAAAUGUGUUUAAAAUGAGAGUGUAACUUCGAUUGUAUGGGAGCCGCUUUCCUGUUCUAGGCUCGGAACCCGUUUUUGCUUCAAAUAUAAAAUACCGGUAUGUUGUCACCUAAAUACAUGACAUGAAUCAGCCCUACGUGAGGAGCAUAAAAUAAUUGAAAAUAUUGGGCUAUAAGCUGUUCCGAGCCCUGUUCCUGUGAAGUGCAGAAGUUGGCACCUUUAUCCUCCUGUUGAUAUCCAUGAUCAUACGUAAAAUACAUCAGUAAAUAAAGUAGCACUCCUCUACGACUUAAUGCCUACUAAAACGUGACCGAUGUAAUUAAGAUUGCAUCGUAGAAUUCUAUUAUCAAAUGCCAGACCUCUUAAGAAAUUGUUGUAUCAAUCAUUGAUUUAAGUCUAUAUUAUAACGAUGUAAAUGUUAAUAAAAUGAUGCUUUACGAAAA